GCUACUGUUGCUACUGCAGGGCAAGGCAAACACGCAUGGCGCGGCCGAAGUGGUCGGAAAAUCCACGUACAGCGGGUUGGAGCUCGCUGAUUGGCUUGAGCUUGCUGCGUGGCCAAGCAGCUUUCAGCGGGUGCUCAAUCAUGAUGCACGUCCCCCAAGUCAUCUUCGCUGAUGGACCCUCUAGCCUGCCUUACGUACUUACACUCUACCUGGACCUCUACUCACGAGGGAGCCAAUUACGCAUACAGCGCAGACUUUCACUUCCAUAAGGGUUUAUGGCAUAGGUCCGGCUUCUCUCAAGCCCAAAGUCGAAUUUAUCAGCAACCGAAAGUCUUUUAGGAUCCUCUGCUGUUGACUUUCCUUGCCCUUCCGCCAACUUCCACCAGAAUAAUACACCACCAACGCACGCGCUGCUCCCCACCGAGAAGUCAACCCCGCCAACAAUCAUCCCGAACACAAUACCAAAGCAGUCAUUAAAGAAGAACCAACGAAUCGACAGCGAACAAUACACUAGUUUGGAAAGAAAAAAUACAGACUACUCGCCUACGACAUAUUUACAGCCGGAAUGUCGCACGUGGUGGUAAUCGGCACGGACUUACGAAGGGCGACCGUCAAGGUCAGCCCGGGCACGUACUUGACAGAAGUUUUGGAACAGGCCUGCAAGAAGCUCAACUUGUCGAGUGACAAAUACCUGUUGAAGCACAAGCAGAAACAGGUCGAUCUGUCCGUCGUCUGGCGAGUGAGCGGCCUUACUCCUGGGGCUAAACUGGAGCUCGUCCAGAAAUCCAACACCCCUUCUGUCGUGUCGGUUGCGCUUCAGCUACCCAAUCCUGAAGCAGGUUCUGCCCCAAACGGCCGUUUAGUCGAGAAACUCCCCAGCGAUUUUACCAUCUGGAAAGCCUUACGCCAGUUCGAGAGUGGCGUAGUCAGUCAGGGGAAGAACCUCAACAUCACAGCACGAGGAGUCGCGCAAACAACGAGCGGAGGCGCGAGCGGGAGCGGACAGAUGUACUAUGAGACGCCAGUGCUGAACAUUAUGGGUCGGGAGCUGGCCACAUUUGACGACUUCCAGAAGACGCUUUCACAACUUGGCUACAACUCGGGCAGUGUUUUGAUCCGUUUGUCGUUCAGAAAGACUGAACAGACGUUAUUUGAGGCCAUGGGCCAGAUCAGUCAGUUUUUUACCGAAGUUGAGGCCGAGGCGAAGAAGACAGAGGAGACGCCUUCCGCCGUGGACGAAACAUCAGAGUCUGCGGUUGUUGAGAUGACCAACCAGUCUGCAGCCUCUGAGGAUGCAGUCGAGCCUUCAGUCGAGUCUCCAGUCGCAGAUGCUUCGGUGGACAAGCAAGGCAACGAAGCCCCAGUCCAAAGGUCGGCAGGCCAAGCGGAACUAGCAUCUGGAGCCAUGGAAGUCGAUAAACCAGACCCGGCAGACCCUUUGCAACCGGUAAGUGUCUUCCGAGCCCCAAGUGGAACGACACCUGCGGCAGCGCUCGCGGAUGUACCGGAGGACGACUAUGCCCCGACUAUUGCCCACGCACAGUUACACCAAGCUCGACUUCAGAAGAGCGCCCAGAACAAGCGGCUACCCUCCGACAAGGAGCUCGAGGCGCAGAGGCAAGCUGAGGAAGCCCGCCUGGCCGCUGUCUCCAAUGUGCCAAUGAAAGUACGCUUCCCGGACAACACUUCUGCGCAGUGGUCCUUUGGCCACGAAGCCACCGGCGCCACUCUUUACCGAGCCGUCAGGUCUGUGAUGGCGUAUAAUGCCCUGGCCUUCAGGCUGGUCGUGCCUGGCAGCAAGGUGGUUAUCAAGGACGAGGAUAGCCCGAACAACCGCUUGAUCCACGACUACAAGCUCACCCGUAGUGUGCUUUUGAGCUUGGUCUGGGACGACAGCGUGCCGGCAGAUGUGCGCAAGAAGCCUUUUCUUAAGGGGAGCGUUGCCCAGACGGCUAAGGAGGUAAUGGUACCAGACAUUCCCAAGGAUAACGAUAAUGAGGAAGAGCGUCCCGCAGCGUCAUCGUCCAAGCCGGAGAAAAGGGAAGGGAGCGGCGACGGUAGCGUUGCGAAGAAGCUUCCCAAAUGGCUCAAGCUGCCUGGAAAGAAAUAGACGGCAUCGUAUUUUGUAGAACAUAACACUCGACCAUUUCCACAUUCGACGUGGGAAGCAAUGUUGAGGCCGGCAUUUUGUACGCCUUAAAAAGACGGAAAACUUCUUCGCGAGGCAUAGCGUCAUAAAUCACAAGGUCAACGCAGACGAUUCAUAUUGAUGAGGCAACAAUGGGUGUGC